CUCACUGUCACAGAGAAGUGAAGAAGAAGAGAAAAAUGUUGAGCUUUUUGCAUCCACUGUCACUCUCGCUCACUGUAAGAAGAAGAAGAAGAAUGAAAAUGUCAAUCUCACCUGAUGCCUACUCACACUCAAUCGCUUUUACAGGAAGAAGGAGGAGAGAAAGAAGAAGCAGAAGAAGGAAUUUUUCUAGAUUCUUACCGGAGGAAAUCAUGGAGAAUAUAUUUACAAGGUUACCUGUUAAGUCGAUUGCAAGAUUCAGAUUCAACGUCUUGCUUACCAACGUCAGUUACUGUCAUGUUCUGUCGGUGACAUCGUCACCAUCUUUCAGUCGUAUUGAUUAUCCAUUCACGGUCUCACAAUGGGAGCCUCCUCAAAUUCAAGGUUCUUCACACGGUUUGGUUUGCAUAAAAAACAAGGUUAUUGGCGAUGUAGGAGAUCAUGGAUUUUUUUACAUUUGGAACCCGGCUACCCGAGAAUAUAAACUACUGCCAGAACCUUUAGGACGGAGUACGGAUUCAACUCGGCAUUUUCAUUCGAGUACGGAUUAUUGGCGAGGUGAUAAAAAAAAAGUUUAUUUUUGUGAACAUGGGUUUGGUUUUGAUUGCAAGAAUGAUGAUUAUAAGUUUUUAAGACUUGCGAGAUUUUAUAGAAAAAAGGUUAUGGUUUGGGAAGCUAGAAUUUACUCAUUAGCUUCAAAUUCAUGGAAGAAUCUUGGUUUCGUUCCUUAUUGUUUCCCCUUUUCUGUAACCAAGGGGGUUCUUCUUAAUGGUGUUCUUCAUUGGAUUGCUACUGGUCUUCAUGAUGAUCCUGAAUCUGCUGUUAUUGUUUGUUUUGAUAUUUCUGAUGAGACAUUUUAUGAUGUGCCAUUACCACCUUGCGACUUUGACCACCAUUGUCUGCCAUAUUUGGGCGUAUGGGAAGGGAAACUUUGCCUACUUCAUCAGAUUCAUAUGGAGGAGGAUCCUGAUAUAUCAUGUAAGCAUCAAAACGAUCACAUUGAUGUGUGGACAAUGAUGAAUAACAAGUGGAGUAAGCAUUCGCAGAUUACUGCACUUGUGACGGAGAUGAAAUAUAUCAGACCAAUUCAAACUUUACCGAAUGCUGAGAUCCUCUUUGAAGGCGAAUCAAGGUUGGAAGCCGGCUUUCAUUUGAUAUCAUAUGACCCUAAGCUUGAAAGAGCUAGAGCUCUAAACAUACAACAUGGUUUCCAUGAAUCUCCAGGCCCUGAAGUGGAUAUUUAUAUCGAGACCUUAGUAGCACUUAACUCUGGUACUUAUGUUAGAAAAAUUGAAAUGGAAUGGAAAGGUUUGGAAGAAGUUCCAGGAUGGUGCGGAGAGUUUGGGAAGAGGUCAUCGAUCACAUAAGAAGAAGUUUUAAUCUCUUUAGGUGUGUUCAUGUUGCUUUGUGUGCUGCAAGUCAGCUUGUUUCCGUGUGACUGUUUUGGGGAUGACAUGUUGUUCCUUCUCAUUGUGCCUGUUUUGGCUCCUUUUUCUUUGUUUGUUUGGUUUGCUGCCAGUCGGCGGGUUUUGUUUGUUUGUUUAGUGCAGUCUUUUUAGACUCACUUCUUGUAUCGCCUAGGCGUCUCCUCUUGUUUUCUUUUUCUCUUUCCAAUGAGGUUUUGACCUUUUUCGUUAAAAAAAAAAAACUCUGGUACUUAUGUUGGUCAAUAAUAAAGAAGUAAAACAAAAAGGUGAAGAACAACAAUGACUGAUGCGGAUCUGGAAUUAUAAAUUAAGAAAGGCAGUAGAUAAGAGGGGAGGAAGAUAUUGUAGAAAGGUAUGGCGUCAAUCUUUGUUAUGUUUUUGCACUAAAUAAAUGGAAGUGGAAAAUGGCUCAUUGCGGGAAAUGAUUUGUUAUUAUGUUGCAGUGGAUUAUCCAAGAGCCUAAUGAUGACAUUUUGGGUGAACUGACAAAGUAAUUUCUACGCACUUUGCUAUUUUAGUAUUUGUUAUUUUCUCAUGCGACUGAAUGUAGAACCAAACAUCGGAUAUAUACAUGUCUUCAUCAACUUGAGUUGGGCCUGCUUUUUUAAGUAUUUUGUAUUAGUGUUUCGAGCUUUCAUAUGCUAGUGAAUGUACAAUCCAAGCUUCACAUAUAUUUUCUUGUUGCAACUUGAGUACGGUCCUCUCUCAUUAAGCAGCCUUUAUGGAAAUUUUAUGUAUUUUGAGAUUAGGUAACUAGGGGUCUUUCCUGAAUCUAAGUAUAUGCAGAGAAUAUCGUGCGAAAUUGAGAGCUUUCCCAGUGGUUGAUGCUUCUAGCCUUCUAGGAAAUCUAUUUGAUUCUUUGUUCUCAGAUUAUUUGUUUAUUGUUGUCAUUUCAA